CAGUUCUGUUUAGUUAGUCACAUUAAAUGCGCGACGACGCACGCCUCGCCUGUAGCUCAGAUCACUCGUAUCGUAAAUUGUACACGAAAUUGACCUUCGUUGGCGGGUUAAUUACAGACGAAUUUCGUAAAUCAGAACGCAUUUAUUUGGCGUUUGAUUAGGACUGGCAGUAAAAUGUGAUUAAAACAGUGUAACUUUUAUUCUUAAUUAAAUGUGUAAUUAGUGCCAAUUGGAUUUUCUACAGGAAAAUAUUUAACUGAUCGCUGCUUACAAAAAUUUAAGCAUUUAUAAUGAUCGUUUCUACGUUGUGCGUCCUGGCGCUGGCAGCGGUUGCGCGUGCGCUCCGCGUAGGCGUCGGGAUAGCGGACGUCACCGGCCCACCCGCAGAGAUCGGCUUCAUGGGUUACGCUCACUUUCAACAAAUCGGGCAUGGCAUCCACUUACGGCAGUUUUCUCGGGCGUUUGUGUUGGCCGACGACAAUGGGAACAGCUCACAGAGGAUCGUGUUUGUCACUGUGGAUGCUGCUAUGAUGGGCCACGGCGUCAGGAAAGAGAUAAUAAAGCGUCUCCAGAAGCGCUUUGGCGACAUCUACAGUGAGAACAACGUGAUAAUAAGCGGUACUCACACGCAUUCGACCCCUGGAGGGUUUCUGAUGCACUUCCUCUUCGACUUGCCUAUCCUUGGCUUUGUCAAAGAAACCUACGUCAGUUAUAUUGCUGGGAUAUUCAAGAGUAUAGUUAUGGCUCACAACAAUUUGACGCCAGCGCGGAUGGAGUACGGUGAGGCAGAGCUGCUGGAUGCUAACAUCAACAGGUCACCCACCUCAUACUUGCGGAAUCCACCCGAAGAGAGAGCUAAAUACAAAUACGACACGGACAAAACGUUGUCCCAGGUUCGGUUCCUGGCGCCCGACAGGCGGGUCAUCGGGGUGAUCAACUGGUUCGCGGUGCACCCCACCAGCAUGAACAACACCAACAAGCUCAUAUCCUCGGACAAUGUGGGGUACGCUUCUGUUCUGAUGGAGAAGGCGCUCAAUGGGAAUGGGACGUACCCUGGAAAGGGUCGCAUAGUCUGCGCAUUCGCGUCGACAAACCUCGGUGACGUGUCCCCCAACACCCGUGGCCCUCGUUGUAGCAUCUCCGGCAAGGUUUGCGACCAGGAGAAGCUGCUCUGCAAGCUUCCCGGCGAAGAGUGCUUCGCUUCCGGCCCGGGACGAGACAUGUUCGAGAGCACACAGAUUAUUGCUACCAAGAUGUUUGAGACAGCUAUGAAAGUGCUGAAGCAACCAGGGGAAGACCUGACGGGUCCAAUAGGCAUCGUGCAUCAGUACGUGGAUAUGCCGAACCAGACGGCGAAACCUUAUGAUCCCGUUACGGAAACCUUCAACACUAGUGCGUCGGUGUCCGGCUGUCUCCCGGCCAUGGGGUACAGUUUCGCGGCGGGCACAACUGACGGGCCGGGCGCCUUCGACUUCAAGCAGGGCACCACCACCAGCAACCCGCUGUGGAACGCCGUGCGAGACUUUAUCGCCGAGCCCACCGAUGAGGACGUCAAAUGCCAGGCACCGAAACCCAUCCUGCUGGCUACGGGACGGGCUAAAUUCCCCUACGAGUGGCAACCCAAAAUCGUAUCAUGUAGUGUUGCCCGCAUCGGCGGGUUAUUCCUAGCGGCCGUGCCGGGCGAGUUCACCACCAUGUCAGGGCGGCGGCUGCGGCGCGUCGUGCAGCAGGCCGCAGGCGGCGGAAGGGUGGUGCUGGCUGGGCUGUCGAAUAUCUAUUCUGAUUAUAUUGCUACGCCUGAGGAGUAUCAGGCGCAACGUUAUGAAGCUGCUUCGACAAUUUUUGGCCCGCACACGCUUGAUAUCUACCUCAACAAGUACGUGGAGCUAACUGAAGCUUUGGUCAAGGGUGUGACGCUGGAGCCGGGUCCUCAGCCGCCGGACUUCAGCGACCAGCUCAUCACUCUCGUGCCGCCCGUGCUUUGGGACUCGGCGCCCUGGGGCAAGGAGUUCGGAGACUGCACGAAGCAACCACAGACGGAAUACAGCUAUGGCGAUAUUGUCACUGCGCUUUUUGUAUCCGGUCAUCCCCGCAACAACAUCCGCCACGGUAGCUGGUACGCCACGGUGGAGAGAUUGGAGUCUGAAGCAGAUGACGCGUGGUCGGUGGUUGCAACAGACGCCGACUGGGAGACCAAAUAUAUCUGGCACCGCAACAACAAGGUGACAGGUACAAGCCAUUCAGAAGUGCAGUGGCACAUCCCCGAGGGCACGCCGCCGGGCACCUACCGCCUGCACCACUACGGCAGCUACAAGUACAUCCUCGGCGGCAUCUACCCGUACCACGGCUUUUCCAACAGCUUCCAAGUCAGAUAACUGCCGAUGCUUGUUUAGUCGAUUUUUAAUUUUGUAAAUCGAAUACUCAUUGCCGUGUCAUUAGUCAAAAUCAAAGAGUGUUUGAUUUAAAGAUUAGAAAGUUUUAAAGUUUAGGAUGAAAUUGUAUGUCCAGUUUAAGUUUGACAGUUGAAGGAUUAAAGUAUGGAUCUCUCUGGAUAUAAGGCACUUUAUAUUUGGUGGUACUUAAUUUAAUUUUAAAGUUAAAUUUUGUACCACGUUUACCGUAAAACGUACUCAGCCACAUAGCCUUAUUUAAAUACUUAUCUAUCUGUCGAAUUCGAAGUAAGAAUUUAUGUUUAAUUUUUCAUAUUUUAUACAAUUAAUCAUUCUUAGAAAACAAAAUGGCACGGUAGUUGUGUUCAACUAUGAAAAUCGUUAUUUGUUAAGCAAUAAAUGUUAUAUUUGAAAUGCAAACUAUUACCAAAGCAGAUGUAAGUCGUGAGUUGUGUCUGUGUACGUAUCUACAUAACGAUAGAUGAGAGGAGACAGCCGAUGUUAGCAAAUAAAAUAAAAUUGUAA